AUGAGAAAGCAGAAGGGGGAAAAAGUUGAUGAAAGAGUUAUUACCAGCAUCGGGUCGAGAAAUACUAAUGGGCGCAAAUUGAUCUCAAAAGACCAUCCACUAACAGAAGCAACAGCUCAAAUCAUCACACAUGGCCCAAUAUCCGGUUCUGCAACAGAUUACCCCACGCCCACACUGCCCUCGUCGGUGAAUUACGCCGCCAGCGUCACGCCCAAUGUAGAUGAUCCCUCGGCCCCCGAUGCGCAAAAGCUAUGCCCUGGCUAUACCGCGUCCAAUGUGGCAGAGAACCACGCCGGAUUCCGCGCCGACCUGACCCUGGCGGGGACGCCAUGCAAUGUCUACGGCAACGACAUUGCGGAUCUCGUCCUCGAGGUUGAGUACCAAAACGCCACGCGCUUGAAUGUCCGGAUCUACCCGAAGCACCUCGUGCCCGCAAACCACUCGCAGUACAUUCUCCCAGAGUUUCUCAGCCCCGUGGGCAUCGUGGAGGCGGGUUCGACCAGCAAUAACAGCGACCUGGUGCUCGAGUGGAGCAACGAGCCGUCCUUUCAAUUCAAGGUAUCACGAGUGAGCGGUGGCGAUGUGCUCUUUGACACCUACGGCACCGUCAUAGUGUUUGAGGACCAGUUUCUUGAACUCAUCACGUCCAUGGUCCCCGACUACAAUAUUUACGGACUGCCAGAAAGUAUUCGCCCCUUUCGCAUCAGCAAUGACUACACCCAGACCUUUUGGAACCAGUAUCCCGUCAUGAAUGAUAAUCCGCUCGACACGAACCUCCACAGUGUGCAUCCGGUAUACGCUGAGACCCGUUACGGCAAUGGCAGCUCCAAGUCGCACGUGGUCUAUGGCCGAAAUCUCCACGGUCAAGAGUGGUUGAUGCGGCCUGAUAGAAUCAUCUAUCGCACCAUUGGCGGGAGUUUGGAUUUCUACUUCUUUAGCGGUCCGACCGUGAACGAGGCGCUCGCGCAACAGCAGCUCGGGGUGAUCAAGACCCCGGUGAUGCAACCAUAUUGGGCUCUUGGUUUUCACCAGGUGCGAUGGGGAUAUCGCAAUUGGACCAUACUCCAAGAAGUAGUGGACAAUUACGCAGCAGCCAAUAUCCAGCUCGAAGGCAUCUGGAAUGAUUUGGAUUAUCUACUUCAGUAUCGCGAUUUCCAGAAUGAUGAAAACACGUACCCGCUCGCCGAGGGUAAAGAGUUUCUGGACCGCCUCCACGCGAAUGGCCAAUAUUGGGUGCCCAUCCUGGAUCCCAAUAUUUAUGCGCCCGACCCGACGAACGCGACAGAUGCGUAUGCCCCCUAUGAGCGAGGCGCAGCGCUUCAAGCUUUCAUACGCGACGGUGUGGACGGCUUUUACUACGGGGAUCAAUGGCCUGGCUAUAGUGUUUGGCCCGACUUUCUGAUUCCGCAGUCUCAAGAAUUCUGGACAAACGAGUUCCUCAUUUUCCACGAAAAGUUGGCCUAUGACGGAUGGUGGCUGGAUCUUUCCGAUCUUUCGUCUUGGUGUACUGGAUCUUGCGGGACGGGUAAUCUGGCGUAUCAGCCUGUUCACGCCCCGUUCAAACUGCCAGGUGAACCAGGCGAAGUGUCCUACGAGUACCCCGAGGGAUUCGAGAUUACCAACGCUACCGAAGCAGCAUCAGCCAGCGCGGCGGCAGCCUCGCAGUCGGCUGCAUUUCCUUCCGUGGCAGAUCAGGCUACACCCACUGUAGGCUUCACCGAGCCAACGCCGGGGGUGCGCAAUAUUAGUUAUCCGCCCUAUGUCCUGAACAAUACCUUGACUGGACACGCCCUGGAAAAAUCAGCUGUAGCGCCCUACGCGACGCAUAGUGAUGAAUUCAACACCACCGAAUAUGAGAUGCAUAAUCUUUUCGGUAUACAGAGCUCCAACGCCUCGUACAACGGCCUAGUCGCAGUAUUCCCUGGGAAAAGACCAUUCCUGAUUUCCCGGUCCACCUCUCCCGGCAGUGGAAACAUCACGGGCCACUGGGGCGGCGACUCGAAUUCCAAGUGGGGCAACAUGUACUUGACCAUUGCCCAGGCUCUAACCUUUAGCAUUGCAGGCGUGCCCUAUUUCGGCGUCGAAACCUGUGGCUUCAACGGCAAUGCCGACAUGGAGCUAUGUACACGCUGGAUGGAACUGAGUGCCUUUUUCCCGCUGUACCGAAACCACAACUCUCGGCCAGGCAACACCAUUGCGCAGGAGGCGUACGUGUGGGCAACCACGGCAGAAGGGACGCGGCGAGCCAUGGACGUGCGCUUCAAGCUGCUUGCCUAUACGUACACGCUGUUCUGGCACGCACACACGGCCGGCGCGACGGUGAUGCGGGCGGUGCAGUGGGAGUUUCCCGACGACAGUAGUCUGAGGGGUGUGGACAACCAGUUCAUGAUCGGCCCUAGCAUUCUCGUCACGCCGGUUUUGGAACCCCUAGCCACGACGGUCCGUGGCGUCUUCCCGGGCGUGGCUAGCGGAACGAGGUGGUAUGACUGGUAUAAUUAUACCGAGGUGCAAGCUCAGCCCGGAGAGAACAAGACGAUUGAUGCACCACUCGUGCAUAUACCCGUCUUCAUCAGGGGUGGUAGCAUCAUCGCUUCCCAGAAACCCGGCAACACCACCAAGACGACGCGCACCAAUCCAUGGAGUAUCAUUGUGGCGCUGGACCACGACCAACAGGCGACGGGAAACUUGUACCUCGACGACGGGCUCAGUCUCGUUCAGAAUGCCACCAAGGAAAUUAAUCUCUCCUUUACCAAAUCGACGCUAUCUGUUGCCAUCGCAGGUGAUUAUUCAGAUGAGAGUCCACUCGCAAAUAUCACAAUUGCGGGAUGGGAGGGAAUGCUCCCCGGUAUGAGCGUAUCGGCGGGAGGGAGUGAAGUUGAUUGCAGCGGAGCUAGCAUCAACCUAGACGCGAACACCCUUUUUGUUCAAAAUCUCUCAGGUAUCCUGAAGAAUGGCCCCUGGAUGGAAGAUUUCUCAAUCCAUUUUGGGAACGGCUCGUGA